UGACGCAAUACGUAGUACACUUGCCUGAACGCGGAAGUGAGCGGCGGCGGCGGCAGAAAAAAGCGAGGCGACUUGUUUGGACUUGUUGGCCGGUUAAAAAAAAAAAGCCUUCAUUAUUCUCAGAGCUAAUGGCAAACGGACGCGUUGAAAUUCAUGACCCUUUGGCCAACCUCAACGACCUCAGCCGGCCAGACGCAGACAACCUGCAAGACACGCUGGAGUUUCGGCUCCUGAUGGCGUACACCAAGAGGAGACGGCGGCGGUGGGAGAAGAAGAGCCAGACGUCCGUCGAGGACGGGGCUCCGGACUCGACUCGCACGUGUUUGCUGCCGGCCGAGAGCCAAGAAGAAGCGCCGCCGCCAAAGACCAAGAAGAAAAAAAAGUGGAAGCGCCUGCCGAACAUUUUGAUGUGCAUCAAGCCACAGCCGGAAAAAUGUCACCAUGAGGCCCAAGGCGAAAAUGCAGUUGUGGAACGCUUCGGAGGUUUUCGAAGCGUUUCUCCAGUGGAGUUGAACGAAGAGAUGGACGAGGAGAUGGACGAGGUAGCCAGCAGGCUGACGGAGAUUGCCGACGAAAUCCCUUUAUCGCCGCCGGAAUAUGAGAGCGAUGGGCCCGAUGACGACCCCGACGUGGAGAAGCUGAUCGGUAUCCUGCUGAGGGAGUGCGGAGACAAUUAUGACGAGGAGGUGACCAAGGGCUUGAAGGAGGCUCUAAGCUCCACGCAGCUUUUGUGGAGCAACGGCUUCUUUGACAAGUUGAUGACGACGCUGCUGAAGAAGAUGGGACUCUUCAACGCCGACCCCGAAGCGCCGGGACCGCAGACCUCGCCCAAGACCCAAAUGGCGGUCACGUGCGAGGUGACGAGUCGACUGUCGGCCGCGGACACGCUGCCGGUGGGCCGGCUGCUGGGCUACGGCGCCACCUACCUGCAGAAUCACUUCUCCUCCUGGGCCAAGCAGCAAGGCGGUUACGAGGCGGCGUUCGACGAGGACGACGACGAGGAAGACGACGUCCAGUGAUAGCCGCCGCCGCCGUCUUUGCCCGGUCCACCUGAUUCGGUGCAGUUGCUCGUACUUGAUAGCCAAGGACUUUACUUGACUUGAAUUAUUUUCUAGUGAUUCUUAUCUCGUCUGCGUUGCACAACUGUCAUCUAACAUUUGCAAAAUUGGGCUUCUGCUGACAUUUCAGGAGGAACCGAAAAUGCACAAACACUUGUGAAUCUUUUGGGGCACACAGGUGAUGAAAUGAGAGGAGGAAAACCAAAUUGUCAGCGUGGUGGUGACUGGACUAGGAUAGAUGAUUGUAUUUUCAACGAGUGUACACUGAGCUUUGAAAAACAGGAAUAAAAAUGAAAGUCAAUUCAAA